UUCAACAUUAACACCUGAUUCAGAAAACAUCACCGGGCAAGACGCAUUAUUCUGAAGCGUUGACCAUAAUGUCUACAGAGACUCCAUCCUACGAUUACUAUUACAACGGCACUGAAGAUGAUCCAGACGAUGGGCUGUGCAACCUCGAUCCAAACCCUGUGGAAGUCACCAUCCAAACUUCCAUGCACUCCCUCAUCUGCGCCUUCGGUCUGGUCGGCAACAUUCUCGUUGUGGUCACGUACAUAUUCUACAAAAGAAGCAAGACGAUGACAGACAUCUACCUCGUCAAUGUGGCUGUGGCGGACCUGACCUUUGUGCUGGCCUUGCCUUUUAUCAUAUACAAUGAGCAGCACAGUUGGAUAAUGGGUGCUGUGGUUUGCAAGGUGCUGAAGUCAGCCUACAGCAUCAACCUGUACAGCGGGAUGCUACUGCUGGCGUGCAUCAGCGGUGAUCGCUACGUUGCUAUCGUGCAGGCCAGGCGCUCUUUUGGGACCCGCUCCAGCUCUUUGAUCUACAGCCGCGUCAUCUGCUGUGUCGUGUGGGUUUGCGCUGCCGCGUUAACUGUGCCCACGCUUAUCUACACCGAGCGCUUUGAAGAGACCAGUGUGGGGGCCGAGGCCGUGUCUGUUGUGUGUCAGCUGUCUUUCAGUACUGAUGAGACAGCAAAGUUAAUCAAAGUGCUCAUUCCCAGCCUUCAGAUGGCCAUUGGCUUUCUGUUGCCCCUUUUGGUGAUGAUGUUCUGCUACUCCUGCAUUAUGUGCACGUUGAUCCGAGCACAGAGCAGUCAGAGGCACAAAGCCAUUCGUGUAGUUUUAGUGGUGGUUGUUGUCUUCAUUACUUGCCACCUUCCGUACAAUGUGGCUUUGCUCAACCACACACUGUCCCUCUUUACAAUAAGAGGUUGCAAGGGGGAAAUGCUCAAACUCCAAGUUCUGGCUAUUUCCAAAAAUGUAGCCUACCUGCACUGCUGUCUUAAUCCCAUCCUCUAUGCCUUCAUUGGCUCCAAAUUUAGGAGCCACUUCAGGCAAAUAGCCAUGGACUUAUGGUGCUUUGGUAAAAAGUACAUCAACUCGGCCCGCUAUUCACGUGGCACGUCAGAUACAUGCAUCUCAGGCUUUAAGUCUUCAGAUAGAUCCAACAACUUGUCAUCGUUUAGUGCGUGACACUCCAUUAAAAAUACAGGAAGCAUUAUUGUAGUUCAGUUUAGUUGAAAGGGCAGCUAAAUGUAUGCGUCUGCAUGUGUCAACGAAGGUAAUUACAGUGGAACCUCGGUUAGUGUACUCCCCCGUUAGCGUGUUUUUGUGCCAAAAUUUUGCCACAUUUUGUGUACAGUUUCCAGUUACCAUACAAUAUGGCGCACAUCUUCUUGUGCUAUUACAAAACACCCUUGUUAGCAGCCUAUUGGCUUGCUAUUAGACAGAAACAGGAACAGGAUGUCAACUCCACUGCCCGUCUACUGUAUGAUGUCAUCAGCGGAUGACUCUGUAGUUCUCUGCUAACUAACACAGUCAUGCCACAGGCUUCUGCUUUCCUUUUGAUCACAGCUGCAAAAUAACCCACAAUGGAGCCAAAGAAAGUUGCAAACGCCAGCAUUUUGAUAAAGGUGAGAAAGUCUAUUCAAGAAAUAACUCAUAGC